UCGCUGAGUGCGGCGGUGGUUACCGCUCUCCGGACUUCGAGCAGCGGUGGCGCCCGGCGUACUAUCUUCUCUCAUCCACUGUUGCUCCUGCUCACUCAUCCCGGAACUGCGAGAGUGGAAAAGCGCGCGCUAUUGUGCCCGAAGAAGACACGUGGCACACCUACUCGAUACGGGGCCACCGGCAUCGCAAGGUGACAGCUGUGUGUAGUAGCCUGCUGCUCAAGAGGACGUUUCCUAGCGUUCAGCUUAUUUGCAAGUUCUUCCCAACUUCCAUCAAUUACGUGCAAAGUUCAUGAGCAUACACACAGGAUAUGAGAAGGGUGCUGAUGAUCUUCGUGCGAAGGACGAGGAAUAUCUUUUCAAGUUUCCACGUAUUUCUAGGCACUGACAGUUGAAUGCUAAGCUGUGUCCGCUCGUAAACUUGGAGUCAAUUUCUGUUGCAUUAAAUUUUCUCCUUUUUGGUAGAUCAGUCCUUUUUAUUUUGCAUGGGAUAACUUUGUAACCGGUUACCACGCUCAGGUUUAGCACUACCAAAUAUCAAGACCGAUUGCCAUAAAAACAAGCUUUGGGGCAUGCCAGCUCUAGGUGAUAUGCCAGUUCUAGAUAAUGUAGAGGGUUUCGCGGUGCGCAGUUCAUUCGUCGCGUUUUUCAAGGGUAUAAUCCCGAAAGGCCUUAAAGAAUACUGCAAGGCUUUUAUGGUAGUGUGAAAACGAAAGAUAAGUUGAGAAACCGAUCACACUAUACGUGGUUCAGAAGAAAACCAAUUUCAGAGGAGUUAAUUCAUCCUUUCCCCAGCACUUGCUGAACACCAUGCGUACUGACUUAAUGUCGGAAGCAACUUUUCAAAGGGGCUUGGUGGCAGGAUGACUUCGAUAUACGAAGUACGCUUUGAAGACAGGUAAAAUAUUUUUUUUCUUUUAGCAGUUGCCUAUACAUCGUACCAAACCAGUUACUGCAUCAUCUCUGCUACGCGACAGUUCUAAAAGCAUUCAAAUCGUUCAGUAGACUAAGUGUAAGAAUGACAAGGACUCAGACUCCGGUAGUUUUUCGAACUACUUUUUGUGAAGAUUUCGCAACUCUUUCCUCAUCCUGUGCAGCGAAAGCCUCGUAAUGACUGUAAAUACAGUGGUCAAGAGCUGGCUUGGCGUCGUCGCAGUAUAAAACUGAGGGUUAGCAUCUAUAAACAUCUUCAAAACUGUCCAGCGUAUUUUGACAUCAUCCUCAAUGCUGUCAGGUGCUUGACUACUUCUGUACGUUUGUUUAGUAUAUAGCAUGGGAACUGAGAACGCAAAAAAACGUGUGAUAACACGCAUUUUGGAGAAUAGACUGAUCAUACAGAUAUCAUAAUGUCACCGACGACUGGGUCAUGGCAAAGCGCGACUUCGUGCACUGCGGCGUGCACCCGAAUUCCGAAACUCGUGAGGUUGCCAAUGAUACGGUGGUCUGGCCAUGGUUUGGUGCUGGUGACAAUGCUAUUGUCGGUGUUACUGCUGCCUAGCCUUCUGCCGCAACACCCUACUGCUGCAGUAGGACUGCCUCUUUCUACGGAGUCGACGAGCUGGCUUGCCAGGAUCCGUAGGGACGAGAGCGAAGGAAUCGAGAACAGACAUCGCACCGCAAGUGUAGGCUUUUACAUCGGUGACCCGUGCAACCAGACAUGCAGCAACGUCCUGUACCACGUCUUCUGCAACCUCACCUCCCGGCGCUGCGAGUGCAGGCUGGAGUAUCCAGUCAACGUUAACAAUCGACAGUGCGUCAAAGCCUCGUCGCUGGGCGGCCACUGUGACCAUGACGAGGCCUGCGCCUACUCGGUGGCGCACUCGUCAUGCCAGGAGAACGAGUGUCGCUGCAUCGACGGACACGCUGCCGAUUCUCAAUCCACAAAGUGUACACCGUCCCGUGGUGUGGCCAUCUUGGAGAGCACCGAGCUCACAACCAUUGUGAGCGUCGCCGUGUCGCUGAUGCUCUUCACUGCUCUCUUCUGCCUCGUCCUUAGGUUCUGUCGCAAGGCCCGCUCCCGUGCUUCCGACCGCAACAGAACGGGCGAGGCAACUUCACAAAGUCCCGACGCUGUGGUGGUUGGCUCUGAGGAGGAAUCGCAGGGCAAAAGCGGCGAUCCCGCGGCUGUCAAAGAUGUUCCCGGUUCAAUAGGAUCGUCCCGCAGCUCGGUGGAAUAUACGGCUUCACGUGUCGCCAGCUAACCCAGCUGGAACCACAUUUAGACACGUGGGUUUACAAUGAGACCCCACGUCGUUCUUCUGCGAUGUAAUACAGCCUUCGCUUCAAUUUUGAAUAA